UGUUUCUGGCGUGUUAUUGUUCACUCAGAGUAAGAAGUAGCCCGCUCGGUGUGUCUCUUAAACCUCGCGAUUCCCACGUCGCCAGUCGUCGAUCGCAACGCGGGCCCCACGUCCAAGACUGGCUGCAGCUCUUCCGCUUGCGGAGCUUGUCAGAGCUGAGAUAUUGUAAUCGGUUGCGGCGUGAGAGUGCCAGGAAGCUUCACCGCUCCCACGAUUGUCUUAUCACAUUAUAUAGGACAUGUGAGGAAGAGAGUACAGCUGGACAUGACGACGCUAUCUCCCGACGUUCGCGACUCGACCCUCCGAUCGUUGAAACUGCACUGCCCCUCUGCCGAAGGAUUACCAGUCGCUGAACAAUCGCCUGACUCCUUCCAUUCGCCUACCAUGGAGCCCAACCCUUUCGAACACGCAGACACAGAAUGGUCGGACGAAGAGGAACUGAUACCCAGGCGAAGGCGAAGAACACAGCAUGUGCCUCCACCUGUGAAGGUCACGCGCGGCGGAGAAACCUCCUCGGAAGGCUCGUCUGGUAGUCCGCUGGUGCCUCCAAAGAGCCCUUCGCGACCAGACGUAAGGCCUGGGAGUAGCCAGGAGGACCUAGUGCAGCGCUUCUAUCAAGUCACAAGAGAAAGGGACGCCUUGAGGAAGGAGCUACAGAGGAAGAGCAUGGGAUCAAACGGCUUGCCAGCUCGAGGCUCGACAAUAUUCAAGUCAGAAGAGAAGACCUUGAUCGAAGAGCUCCAGGCAUUACGAUACGAGAUACGAGUAUGGAGCGAGGAGUACUUCAGUGGCCCUACAAGCUCUCGAAGUAAGCGACCGCACUUGCAUGCGGCGAAGGACUUGUUUGGUGGCCUGACGGACAAUUACUCUGUUUAUCUGAAACAUCCAAAUGAUCGGCCAUUGCUCGUACAAGCAUACAUUUGGUCGACGUUGCAGAAAAAGAUUUUCAACAAUUUUCAAAAAGGGAGCGGCUAUGUCUGGGCAGGCAAGCUUGGAGAUAAAAAUCUUCGUCCCAUCAACGACACGCUGAGGAAAGCUGUGAAGAACGAGGCGCAAGCCGAAGAGUACCACCAAUGGCGGUCGAUGACUGUCAAUCUACUCGUACCACGGGAAGACGGCAAAUGGCGCCCAACUUUCGACGCUGCACCUGUCCUGAAAAGCAUAUCGCGUCUAUGCAGUCGAAUGCGACGUAAGCUGCGGCCAUACUCUACUCGAUCACUGCGCGACAGCAAAGAGCAGCUCAAGACCAUCUUCUCCGCUUCCGUUGCCCUCGACCUAAAAAUGAAACGACAACUAGCCGACUAUCGUUUCGUCACGUUCACGGGUGGUAAACCGAAUCAGUUCUGGGGCUACGGUUACUACGACAGCGAGAUGGAAGAUGUUUAUGAUGACAGUGAAGACAGCGGUAGCGGCCGAGGCGGGUACGGUGAUAGUCAUAGUGUAAAAGCUAGACGAGUGGAGCUGGCGCUGGCGCCAGCUCUGGAGAGAUGCGGUAAUGCAAAUGGGCACGUCUUCGACCAGAGUUUCAUACUGGUCAAAGCGGACGUGAGCUGUAAGAGGUUGCAAAGACAAGAAAAGCCAGCAAGACCAAAGCCCAGCUCGAGGAACGCAAGCAAAAGUUUUGGUGGCAUGUGGCACCGUGGAUCCUGAGGGGGUGCUGGUGAUAGCCCAUAGGGUGACGAUCGUACCCCAUACUGUCUCCCGACACUCCCUGCUAAGCCAGCGCACAACUUCAAUUAGAUUUGCUGUAGCUGGCAGUCACCAACGCGCCCAGUGCUCAAUGGAUAUCAUGUAACUCACUUUCUGUAAACGCCAAAUAUCGCUUUUGCCGCCACAGUGUUACAGACCGGACCUUUACAUCAAAUCCUCGGGAAAAAGAACAAAGGACACAUUCCUCCAGAACCACGGUACUUUAAGUAUCAGACAUCUGCACUCCGGGC